AUAAUACCAUUAGAGAAAGAAUAAAAAAAUGUUUGUCAAAAUAUGUCUUAAAAAAUAAUUACUUUCUCCAAUUAAAGUAACAGUAAAAAGUGUGUUAUGGCUCCUGGUAACAAAGAUCGCCACCCAGGACACACGGGUACUAUUCCCAAAACGAAAGCCAGAAACAAUUGCAAUGUUCCCCAAGAAGCUGUGACACCGACGAGAAGAGAUAUGACAACAAACCUUGUAACGACUUCUUUGGAUUGGGUUCCCGUUUCCGAGUAUAAUACAAGAUCAAAUUUCAAUCAAUCAAGAAAACCAACCAACAAUACUUCAGAUCAAGAAUUAACAGACUUAGACAACUCAGUUUCAUUUGAAAGUGGUUUUGGAAGAUUUGUACCUGUAAGACCUCAACCUCGUGCGUUACCCUUGACUGUACAGAAUAGAGAAAACAUUUCUUCUGAUCAUAAUGAUGAUGGUGCAGGCUCAUCUAUUUCUUCCCAUACAAUACAUCAUUUUCAAAAUGGCCUAAUUCCUCACUCCAAUCAUGGUGCAGCUGCUGUGAUGAUAGUGAACCCUACCACACCUAAUGCUGUGACUGGGAGUAUGUCUCAACCUUUUAAUGCACCGAAUCAGAAUAGAAAUAAUUUGACAAGAAAUCUGAACUCUACACGAAACUCAUUUGAUGGUAAUAUUCACGCAAGUAAUAAUAAUAUUACUCCGCCAAUCUCUAAUUCAAGAACUGGAACUAAAACUGUGAAUUUAAUGAAUAACAUGUAUGAACAAGGCCAAGGGAGCUUUAAUAAUAUAAACGAAAAUAAUCCGACUCAUAGAGAGUCUGCACGAGCAUUAGGAGAGGCGAUUGUAGCUGCUUGUCCUGACGCUGCUGCGGUUGAGCGAAGACUUGGUCAGAUUAGAGAAUACAUACGCGUAACAUCCUCACUUGUGGAUACAAUGCGGAACUCUGAAGAUGAGGCGUACAUAGAACACACUAAAGAGGAAUAUGAUGAACUUCUUCAAAUGAUAACUAAAUUAAGAGAUAGUGAAAAGAAAUUGAAAAGCAUAUUAGAUGAUGACCAAAAUCCUGAUAAUAUAGAAGUACCUUUACUGGAAUUAGGUUCUGCUAAUCCAGUAGAAGUAGAUACUGAUGUAUCUAAAAAUAUUCCUGAAGAUACUUCAAUUGCUAAUCAAAACUUAGAUCAAAACUCAUCAAAGAAUAACAAUGAAAGUAAUUCAAUAAGUAACAACCUUAAAAAAGUUACAAACAUAGAGAAUGAACAAUUAAAUAAAACAACAACACAGAGAACAAAUGAAAUACAACUUGCAGAAAAUAAUACAAAUGGUGUUGUUAUAAAAGAGAUAGAAACAAAUAUUUCUGGUGAUGCUGAAAUCACAAAUAAUAAUCAAAAACGUAAUGACGAGCUCAGAAAAAAUAUAAUAUCUUGUGUUGAGAAAGUAGCUAUAAUAGAAGAAAUUAAAAACAAAGUCAAUGAUUUUGGCAACAACAAUGACCAGGAUGUUGUGGUGAGGCCUGUAUCGGUACAGAGCAAUGGUUCCACCUACAGCGAGAAUGAACUGUGGCAGAAUGAAAUUAAAAACAAAAUGGAAAUGUCUCAAAUACGUCUGUCUGCUUUGAAACAACAACAAAAGAGGUUGCUAAAGUAUCAGGCUGAAGCUAAACAACAGCUAGAAGAAUUAAAAGAAAGACAAGCUCAAGAAAUAAACCAACCAACUGCCAAUGACAACUUUACUGGCAUACAGCAAAAUAUGAGUUUCUCGAGUAACUUCAAUCAUCCGAACCGUUUGUUUGGAUCAAAUCAGAUAGGUGUAGCGACCACACUGCCUCAGUCAUCGGACAGUAUCCACAGUGGACAAUUGAUAAAUAACAUGGAAACAGAACAUGGCCGUUCCAAUCAAUCUACUCACAGUCAAGAUGAGAGAUUCUCUAUUAGAGAUGACAACAUUGCCAGUAGCGAGGAGGCUGGCGGCGGUGGUCGGGACAGUGAGGCAGAGGAGGACGAAGGUACCCUGCACGAGCGCGGCCGUAUCCUGCAGCUCAAGCUGCGCGAGCUUCAGCUCAAAAAACAACAUAUGGAGAAUUUGGUUUCUGAAUUUCAAAAACUUCAGAUGGCAUCAGGUCUGGUCGGCUCUCACAAUACAUACUCCAGUUCAGGAGAGGAUAGCGCUGAAGAUGAACCAUCUGGAAAGUGUAAUAAUGCUGCGGGAAAUUUGAAAAACGAAAAUAAAAGAAUUGGUGGAAAACUUACAUCAUCUUUGCAUAAAGCUAAAGAUUUGAUGAGGUCAUUAGAGGCUUUUGAAACAGAUCAUUUGUCAAAUUUACACGAGGAGUCUUUCCCGAUGUCGAAUAAUACAAACAUACAUGACAACAAAUCUGAUGGCGGUGGUAGCAUCGGUGACUGGUCUAACGAAGGCAGCGUCUGUCGUGUUCGCAACACUUUGCCACAACGACACAAGUUCACCAACGAACAACAUCAUCAGCAGCAACAGCAUCAUCAACAACAGCAACAAUAUCAACAACAAAUUCAGCAGCAGCAACAACAUCAGCUACAACAACAACAUUUACAACAACAACAACUUCAACAACAGCUGCAAAAUCAUCAACAACAUCUCAACCAACAACAACAUCUAAACCAGCAACCACACCUCAACCAACAACAAAAUCUCAACCAGCAAUCACAUCUCAACCAACAACAACAUCUCAACCAACAACAACAUCUCAACCAACAACAACACAACCAACAACAGCAUUUCCAACAACAAGCCAGUCACGAGGCUAAUCUCGCAAGUCUACAAGAACUUGCGCAAGAGUUACGUAUGGAGACUGAAAAGAUAAUGGGCGAGCGUGCGCGUAUUAAAGAUAUGGUCUCUAAUAAAGAAGUAAGUAGAAAGCAGAAGAAGGUGAACGAGGAAGUACGCGCAGGUCCGAGCUGUGUGCCAGGCCCGGCAGAGAGGAGACAGAUGCAGCUGCGAGCGCUGUUAGCUGACAAGCAGCGUGAGCUGGAGGCGCUACUCAACAAGGAGAAGGUCCUUUGUGUGGGAGCGGAGUCACAGAACAAACCUGAUUCUGGAGCAAUGUCAGUUGUUAACCAGUCAUAUAAUAGUGAACAAGAAGAACCGGAAUCGAGAUCUGAACAGCUGCCACUUGAUUCACAAACCUCCAGGGAAAAUGAGAACUACCGGGGUGGUGGAGACAACGCAAUCGGCGGCAGAUCCAUUAACAUAGGGCCAUCUUGUUUGGAGAGUGCGUAUGGCAGCGAUACUGACAGUGCUUCAAGGAAUAAAUCAAAUCAAAGGAACAGACCACGUCGUCGGCAAACUCAAGAUCGUCAAUCUGAAGAUAAUACUCCGCAGGUCAAUAAUGCCACACCCAAUAUUCGCCAUGAGCCGAGACCUGAAGCAUCCAAUGUCAAUAUGGUAUCACCCGUUGCGCAAAAUGGCGACAAUCCUACGAACAUGCCGUAUGGACAAAUACCACCACAAUGUUGGAAUGGAACUAAAUCUAAUCAGGACAUGCGCACAAAUCAGUUCACCCAGAACAGUCACUCGCAGACGAUGGAUCGUUUGCUGGGCACGCCGCAGAUGUCUUUUCCUCCAGCGAUGCCCUACAGCAUGAUGAUGCCCUAUGGAAUGGUGGGCGGGUGUGGUUGCGGCUGUGGGUUGUGGGGCGCGUGGUGCUGGCAGCAGCUCGUCAUGCAGCAGAGAGAGAUACACCAGCUAAGGGAACAACUCAAUCAUCUCGAGGAACGUUGGCGAGCCGAGACAGCAUCUCAUACUCUAAACAACCAAGUACCACCUGGCAACCGCGCCAAUAACUAUUGGGACAACUUCCGAAGCUAUUCACGUCAAAACCUCCUCUCAGCUAACAGCAAAACCAAUGCGGACGGCCAUUUAGGUACAGGAACAGCUCACAACCCACACCCCCUGGUGGAGAGAUCGCACAACACACUACAUCACACAUCCUCGUCCACAUCACCUUCUAUAACACCCAAAAGAAACACAAACACGGCGAGCUCCUCACAAUGCCCGGUCACCGCACCCGCCCCACAAGUAAACCACGACGAUACAUCGAACAGACAUUCACGAAGAAAUGUUGCUUACGAACGAUCACUCUCGUUUUCAUCCGCCCCUGAUGUACUGAACGUGAACCAAAACACAGAAGCUGAGGCGAGCGCACCUUCUCACUCCAGGAACGUAGACGAAGCUACUGCCUUGAAUCUAAACAUCAACCGACAGGAAACCGCGACCACCUUCAGGAACCUAAACAUUACAAAUCCGAUACCAGAAAUAAUACAAUCUCAUUCGAACAACUUAAACAAUUCAACAAAUGCCAAGAAAAAGUCCUCAUCGAAGCUACCUUCGAAAAAUUCUACGAACAGAAGGAACUGUACCUUAGAUUUCUCCCAAACUAGUAACAUCAACAUAACGAGUACUACAGACACGCCAAACCCCAAUUUGGCGUCAACGAGUCGUGAGGUGCAGGAAAAAGCUACAUCCAAAUUAUUUGACCUUUUGAGAGAAAAUGUUUAUUCGGAAGUAACCACCUUGAUCGGAGUCAAUGAGUCUCAUCCCGACUUUUUAAUACAACUGUUCAGAGAACUGCAACUGAUAAGUUCCGAUCCAUUGAGACAAAAAGUUCUGCAAUCCAUACGAAAUGUUUUGGCACAGUACAGUUCAAUUAUGGAAAGUGAAAACAAUGACCGUGUCGAAGGCUCCGAAUCUGAGGUGGUUACAACAUCUGGAGACACGGGUAAUUACCAUGAAUGUAGUUCUCACUCCAUUGACAACGCUUGUGCGAAUACAAUGCAAAUUGACAACAAAAUCGUUCGGUUUUUGCUUAUGAAAAGUGAGGAGAUAUGCACUCCUGAGUUAUUGGAAGCAUUGGCGUCGCUCAUACUCACCAGUGCGCCGGAUAGUAAACAAUCAAAGAAGAGACUACAGGAACUAUUGUCAAAGUACGAGGGCAUGAGAGUUUGCGACAUAUCAAGCGACAUUAUAGAGAAUUUGUCGCUGUUUAUUUCUGGUAGUAGCGACGGUGAUGAAUCCGCGCACCUCACAAGUGAAAUCUCGGAAACUUCUAUACUUCAAGAUGUAGCUGGUUCAUUGAACUUAUUUAGCUCUAGCGAGACCCAACUGCACCAACUGAAUGGCUGUCCAUAUGAGAUGUGGCCUGGACAUGUUCACAUGGAUAUCGACGGAGCUGACCUAAAUGAAAAUGGAGCUCGUUGUAGCCAAGAGGAUAAAGUUGAUCUCAUUAAUUGUUCGGAAAUGCACAAUGGUGAUUUAGCGGAGGCGGAUCAGACCUGCCAUGCGGACAUGGGAGACAGCGGCGUAAACAGCCACGACGAGGUGUCCAACAAUGCGGAAGGCCUGCCCGAUGUGGUGGACACUGACGAAGUCACUCCCACAGAGGCAGAGGCAGAGUGGCUCGGGCUUGACCGUGUGCCAACACGGCUGCACAUGGAAGAAUCAUCUGAAAAGCAAAAAGGUGAUAUUAAUAUUUAGUUAAAUAAUCACUAAACACCUAAACAUGGAACUGUUUGAGCUCCAAUGUCGUUUAGGUGGAGCCUGAAAGAAAUUAUAUCUUAUUAGAUCUUCAUCAGCAUCUGUAACAAAAAAUAAAAUGGACAGAAAUUAAUUACAGUUUUUUUCUUUC